UUUUUGCGACGUCCGCUGUCGUAAAGAACAUCAAGAUGUCUGAAUGAGCAGCUUAUGGCUUAGCCUGAACGCAAACAACCUGGUUUUCUUUUUAGUUUGACCUUUGCUUUUCUUUCGUUUGGCGACUCGGACGCUGUGUUUACAUGGAGACUAAGAGCUUGCCAUGAAACUCCGGGUGCAGAAUGACAGGAGUGAUUGCAGAAGAGCACUGAAACUGAGGGAGUCUCCUACUGCGAUGCAGCCCAAUUCGAGUGAGCAGGACGCUCAUGCUGGAAACGGAUUAUCCCUAACCCUGCAACCGGAGCUUCUCACCAGGACACCGGGCUCUGGUGCGGCUGCUGAGAGCGAUGAGGUGCGGGUGCCCAUGACAAGUGGGCCUGGGGACUCCGGUGGAGGCACAUCGUCCAGGAGGUCCAGAGUCAGUUUCCACAGCCGGCCCCACUCGCAUGCACACGGACACAAUCGGGCGCAGCAUCACUCCAGUUCGGAGGCUGAGCCUGACCCGCCCGACUCUGACCUGGACUCGGGAGAACCCAGCGCCUCCAUGUCCGAGCUUCGCUGUCUCUUCCGCUGGCUCCAAAAGAGUCUUCCUUUCCUUGUAAUACUGUGUGCUAAACUGGUCAUCCAACAUACUCUUGGUCUAGCUGUUGCUGUUGGCCUCUUCAUGACUUUUUUAUACGUGAAUAAAAGCAUUCAAACACAAGUCUUUCUUCAGGGUCAUCACUCCAGGCUGCAGUGCGUGUGGCUGCUCCUCUUCCUGAUCGCUUCAACGUUUCUGCUUUACUGCACUUUUAUCACUGAGAAACUUUACCACUGCCUCAUCUUCCUCAACCCAACCAUUGAGCUGCUGGGUUUCUGGGAGGUUCUGUGGGCAGUCGGCAUCACCAACUACGUGAUUAAAUUCCUCUUUAUGGGGAUCAAGUGCCUUAUUCUGCUGUUGCCAUCUUCACUAGUGACCUACAGAACCCAGGGGAGGUUGCUGAUGCUCACGGAGGAGCUGGGUCAGGUACACCAGGCCAUGGCUCCAGUCUCACUUUGGUUCCGCUACCUGGUCACCUACCAGGAGGCCGAGGGCGCCCUUGCACUCACACUCGGGGUCGUGCUGGCUUUGCUCUACCUCAUACUGAAGCUUUUGGCAUUGUACGGACAGUGGACGUCUUUACUGAAAACUGUGAAGAUAUUUCUGCAGGGCGAGCACACAGGCACAGCUGCCACUAGGAGUCAGUGCAGCGAGGCCGGAGCCUUCUGCCCCAUCUGUCAGGGAGACUACCGGGAGCCUCGGGCUUUACUCUGUCAGCACAUUUUCUGCGACGAAUGCAUCGCUCUGUGGUUCAACCGGGAGAAGAGCUGCCCUCUCUGCCGCACUGUGAUCACAGAAAAGGUCUAUAAAUGGAGGGACGGAGCCACAUCGCCACACCUGCAGAUUUAUUAAUCCAUAAGGCCUCGACGAGGAGCUUUUUGAGUGUGGGACAUCGGUAUUAGUUUGUACUUAAUGUGAUUUUCUACGGCUGUCAAACCCCCACUGACAAGUAAUGUUGCACACACUGUUUCAUUCAUCAGCUAAGGGCUGUACCUCUGUGGGCCAAGGUCAGUAAGUGGUCAACUUGCACCUACAGUAGGCAUGUUUAUUUACCAGUACACGCCUACUUGUCAGUCUGACAACUCAGAGUUGAUUACUUUCAUGCCCUCAAGUGUUGUUUGAUUUUUCUGUUUUGUUUCCCCUUGCUUUUAUUUACCUUUUUAAUCUUAAUAUAAAAUGUCUUCAUGGGGCAGCAAAUUGUUCUACUUCCACAAUUUCUUCUACUUGUAAAUAUGUAGAGAUUGAAAAAUAUAUUUAAGAAAGUAUUUUAAGCAGAGUUUUUCCUGUAUCCUUAGUUUAAACAAGCAGGCAACACGCGAAUCCUCUCUUAUCCAGUGUUUUUUUUUUAAAAUUGUGGACUCGACUUUUUCCGAUAUGUAAUAAAUGUGUCGAGGUAAGCAGCCCGCCUGCCUCUGCUCAGGAGUACUUGCUGCUUUAGAUGCAUCUUUCAGCUUCAAAGGGUUAAAGAAAAUGUGAGAUUGAAGGGCUGACACCUCAAAGGCUUUUUGGAAGCCAAGUACACAGUUGCGUCACAUGGUCCAGUAACGGCCAGGAUACAGAAACUGCUUGUUUGGAUUUUGGUGACUGUCAAAAAAAAAAGGAUACUACUAAACUUUUAAAAUUGAUUUACAAACAAAAAUAUUUUUCUAUAGAGGUGACUUAGCCUCGUUUUUGUAAAAACCAAAGAUUGGGAGAGACACACCUAUUUUAUUAUGUAUGAAAAUCAUUUCACUGUUAUUUUUAUCCAUUAAACCCAUAAACUAUCUGAAUAAAGAUGUACAUUUGA